AUUGAUGAUAUAUCAAAACCCAUCCCGGUGAGGGAUGCGCUCAGCGAUCAGGCCAAAGACUACGACUGCCUGCCAUGCAGACUCAUGGGCUCGGCCGCAUUCACGGGACUCGGCAUCUACAGCUAUGCAUCCGGAAUGUCUCAGCUUCAAAAACAGAAACACGAAAUCCUCAAAGCAAAGUCCAGGUUCGGCAUGGGCGCACGAAAGGGCGGCAUCUUCGGAAUCUCCGCAAUCUUGGUGGCCAUGGGUGUUUACCGAUUGACGAACUAG